CGCGAGGCGCGUCCGGUCACGUGCGCGCGCGGCGGCGGGCAGCGGGCGGCGGGAUGCGCGUGAAGGUGCUGAGCCGCAACCCCGAUGACUACGUGAGGGAGACCAAGCUGGACCUGCAGCGCGUUCCAAGGAACUAUGACCCUGCACUGCAUCCAUUUGAGGUUGCGCGAGAGUACACGAGAGCUCUGAAUGCCACAAAGCUAGAACGUGUGUUUGCAAAACCCUUUCUUAGUUCACUUGAUGGCCACAGAGAUGGAGUUAAUUGCAUGGCCAAACAUCCAAAAAGUCUGUCUACAGUGCUGUCUGGAGCUUGUGAUGGAGAGGUUAAAAUUUGGAACUUGACCAAGCGACAGUGCAUCCGCACUAUACAAGCCCAUGAAGGCUUUGUUCGAGGCAUGUGUGCCCGUUUCUGUGGUACAUCAUUCUUCACUGUUGGUGAUGACAAAACCGUGAAGCAGUGGAAAAUGGAGAGCCCAGAAUAUGGAGAAGAAGAAGAACCUAUUCAUACAAUUCUUGGGAAGACAGUGUAUACAGGAAUUGAUCACCACUGGAAGGAACCUGUUUUUGCUACCUGCGGCCAUCAGGUGGACAUUUGGGAUGAACAAAGGACAAGCCCCAAGUGUUCUCUGACUUGGGGUUUUGAUAGCAUAAGCAGUGUAAAAUUUAAUCCCAUUGAGACUUACCUUUUGGGAAGCUGUGCUUCUGACAGGAAUAUUGUGCUAUAUGAUAUGAGAAAAUCAACUCCAUUAAAGAAGGUUAUCUUGAACAUGAGGACAAAUACACUGUGUUGGAACCCUAUGGAAGCUUUCAUUUUUACUGCAGCAAAUGAAGAUUACAACUUAUAUACUUUUGAUAUGCGCUUUCUUGAAUCACCUGUGAUGGUGCAUAUGGAUCACGUGUCUGCUGUUCUUGAUGUGGAUUAUUCACCCACUGGGAAAGAGUUUGUGUCUGCCAGCUUUGAUAAGUCCAUCCGCAUUUUUCCUGUAGACAAAGGUCACAGCAGGGAGGUUUAUCAUACCAAACGAAUGCAGCACGUCAUCACUGUAAAAUGGACUUCAGAUAACAAAUACAUUCUGUGUGGCUCAGAUGAGAUGAAUAUUCGUCUGUGGAAAGCUAAUGCUUCUGAAAAGCUGGGAGUGCUUGCACCGCGAGAGAAGGCAGCUAUGAAUUACAAUCAGAAGCUGAAGGAGAAGUUCCAGUUCCACCCGCAGAUCCGGCGCAUAGCUCAGCACCGACACUUGCCCAAGAGUAUUUAUUGCCAAAUCAAGGAGCAGCGCAUCAUGAGAGAGGCUCGGCGGCGGAAGGAAAUGAAUCGUCGUAAGCACAGCAAGCCAGGAUCCGUGCCAUUUGUGCCAGAGAGGAAGAAGCAUAUUGUGGCAGUAGUGAAAUAAUUGUUUUCACAUGUACAAAAUGUCACAAUGAAAGAAAAACGUCACUAUUGAAAGAAUACACUGUACAAAAUUUGAUGGACUUUAAUAAGACAGCAUAUGGUUCCAGAAAUAUGACUUUUCUUCCAAGUUUGUGCAUCCUCUGACUUCUCAAGUCAUCAUCUGCUUUGAGUAGUUAGAAUUUCUUAUGUAAUCUUUUUUUGCCAUUUGUCUGAUGUUACUGGCCCAACACUGUGUAUUGCAGUGUAUCAAAAGGGUGAUAUACUUGUAUCAAAAGGGUGUUUGACCCUUUUGAUACAAGUAGAUAACUUGGUGGAGAAUAUCUGCCAUUCCAGUUCUGUUCCUUGGUACUGUUACUACAAAAAAGGAUGAAAUAGGAUAAUAUUUGUCAAAGCAAAAAACCUGCUCCGUACGGAGUUACAAAAAUUCUUGUCCUUGUGCUGUCUUUUUAAAAAAUUUUUAUUUAAACAAAUUUAAUAAAGUGACCUUAAGCAAUGUCUGCAUUAUACUUCUUGGAGUACCAUAUAUUACUUUUAGCCCAAAAGAAAUUCAACAGGAUUUUCAGACACCUGUAAACAUAAUUUUGACCUGUCUUCUUAACUGUUGUUGUGUAACUUGACCAAACCUCAGACUGUUAAGUUGUUAAUAUUGAUAACUACUUUGCUGAAUAAUUUUUUCUCUUUAAAACUUGCAAAAUCUGGAUGAAAAAUGACAUAAAUUUUAUAAACCACAGAAACUCCUUCGGAUGAGAUUUAUUAUAAGCUUUCUAUUUUAUGUUUAUAGAAGGAAAAUGGAAGUUUUACACUUCACAAGGUAUCUGUAGCCCAAAGUUCCCUUGCAGUUUGCCUGGGAAACACCCUCCUUCUCUUCCAGUGGGAUAAAUAGCCUUUUGCUGAGGAUACCAAGGUGCUCAGAAAACUGUGCUGGAAUUAAACUAGGCUGUCUAGACUGAAGAGAGAUAUGAGAUAUGUAAUAACCCUUAUGUUGCUUAACAUCAUCUGUGUAAAAAAAUCUAAGUCUUAACACUACUGUUUGUAGUGACAUUCCCUGGCCCCAAGCUUAUGCACUGCAAAAAAAAAAAAAAAGAUGAACUCAAUUACAGUAAACUUAAUACUUUAUUUUUUUUAUUUUUUUUUAAUCUGGAAAUUGAGCACUUGCCUUCAUAUAGUAUCCUGUUUAAUGUAUCUGCUGACACUAAUCCAUAUGCAUUUCUGGUUCCUACUCUUUAACUUGUCUCGUGCAGUACUGUUUGGGCAAAGUUCCUGAAUCAUCAUGGCAAAAUUAUGGCUCUUUGGUGAUAAGAGGCCAUAAUGUAUCUUUGACUCUCUGGAUCACUUACCUUUAUGGGGUGAUGCAGGAAGAGAAGCAGAUCUGAAGAGCUAUAAGUAGGAUGAUGAGAAGAAGUGGAACAGAUCAGGAAAUAGGCUGAUGCUGGCUGUGUGCCUGUUGUACUAAUACGGUGCACUCCGUGCCAAAUACAGUUUAUUUUCUUCCUGAAAUACUGAAAAAAUUGAGGGAGAAUAUGCAGUCCAAAAUAUGGCUUGUGACACAGCUGUAGUCAAGUCUUGCACAAUUUGCAAAACCAGACUAAUCUCUUGAAAUGUGAUUAAAAAUUUUCAGCCUUGUCAGUUUUACGUGAGUUGAAGUUGUUGAUUAUUGAUUUGUUGAGUCAUGGUAACCUCUGGUGUGAACAAGCCCUGCUGCUUGGAAUUUAUUAGCUUUGGUGCAGAACUGUGAAUGUAGUGAGAACUUUCAGUCAUUUGGAAUUUUGUGGGUGGUGGCUGCAGUCUGUCAGUUCAGAGGAUCCCUGGCCAUGGAUUUGUAAACUGUUGGGCUAGCUGCUGUUGAUUUAUCCCUUUUGGAAACCCUUACAGUUUGCCUCUGAUGCUUUUUGUGGUCAUUCAUCUGAAGUACAUAAUGCCACAAUAUUCAAAUAUAUUUAUUUAAAUGUAGUAGUUGCUGUGCUUGCAAGAAGUGCUCAUGUAAGUCUGUUACAGGCCAUUGCUGAAAUGGUUUAGAAAUUAAAAGAAAGGAGCUGGGGCCCUUAAUAAGUUUUUAUUUGGCAGGGGGCUUUAUUAUUUUUUCCCCUCAGUGAUUUGAGAGGUGUAGUCAAAACUCAUCUUAAUCACCUUAAUCGAGUUACCUAUAUUUGUCAAAUGAUGGUCUGGAAAAAAACUUUAGAUACAUGCAUCUGCGUGUAUGCGUACUCAAGUGGAUGCAGAAUAAAAUCCUUUGUACCACAUAAAAUAAUGAAAAUCUAAGGAAACUGCUAGUGUUUCCCUUCAAAAUUUUGGUGUUGUUGGUUAAGGAAAAAAAAGAUGACAGUUUAUUUUCUAAACCAAUGCAUUAUCUACAGACCUGCUGAUUAAAAGAAUCCCCAACAAAUUUCUUUAUAUGUUCUUUCUUUGGGAAGAUACUUGAGUGGUUUGAAAAAAAAUAUUUCUUCAUUGUAUAAAUACUUAAAAUGGUAUUCAUAGCCUUGGUGAAUUUAGCUGUUUCAUGAUACAGCAGCUACAGAGUCAUCAAUGUUUUAUUUCUAUUUUAUCAUAGCCAGACUAUGUAAUGAAACAGAUAUUUGAAUAAAGUAAUGUCUUUUACUCUU